AUGAGUGAGCUAUUCAACUAUCUCCUCAACAAUGAGCCUCAAUUCCGUCGAGCGCGUCUUGCAGCCUUGUACUCGGACUUCCGUCAACAACAGACUCUGAAUCCGGAUGGUUACCAAGCAAAUAUUGAAGCAUGGCGGAAGGCAUUGGCAAAUGCGGCACGAGCAGGAGUCAUGCCAACUCAAGGGUCGAGUCCUGAUUUACUGAUUUUAAGAGCCGACGAUGAACUAGUUGGGCGCAUUGGAUACGAACGAAUGGGGAAGACCCCUAUCUCUGGGAGCAGUUGUACAGGACGCUAUCGCGAAGAAAGAGUUAAUGCCCUUGAAGGAGUUUAUGGAUGCAAGCGACAAGGGAAUAAAUUGCCGGGAGGAAAAUUGGUCAUUCUUGGGAAUGUUGAAGAAGCUGCAAAAGUAUUUGCAGGAAAGAGUAUAUCAAAGACAGGGCGAGUGGGAAGGAUAUAUUCCAGAAGGAUGUUCAAGGAGGAGUUUGGCAAUGUACUGGGGGAGCACACUCUUUCAGAAGUCGAUAUGGAUGCUUUCCUGAUAUUUCUCGCAAGGGAUAAGAAGAUAAUAGCCUAUGAUGGCGAAACUAUCAAGCUGAAAGCGCCGACAGACUCCAAGAGUCUAACCAUUACUCAAGAGGAUAUCUCAAUAGCAUCGUUGAAAUCCUUGAUCGCAGACCUUGAGAUUCAAACAAAGCUGUUCACUGAUAGAGUUGAGACCAUGGAUCGCGCAGCCAAAGAAGCUGUUGCAAAGAAGAACCGCGUAUCGGCACUAGCAGCUUUGAGGUCGAAGAAAAGUGCCGAAACCACUCUUGCGAAUCGUCACGCUACGCUAUCACAAUUAGAAGAGGUACUUUCCAAGAUAGAGCAAGCUGCUGAUCAAGUGGAUCUUGUAAGAAUCAUGGAAUCGAGUACGAAGGUACUAUCAAGUCUCAAUAAGGAGGUCGGUGGCGUGGAAAGAGUAGAUGAUGUAGUUGAUCAAUUGAGGGAGCAAAUGGGACAAGUUGAUGAGGUCGGAAAUAUUAUUGCUGAGCCGGCACAGAAUAAUGUGGAUGAAGCUGAGGUGGAUGAUGAACUGGAGGCUAUGGAGAGAGAAGAAGUGAGGAAGACCGAGGAGAAAGAACGUUUAAUCGAAGAAGGAAAAGAGAGGAAGGAGGCUGCAGAAACAAAACGCAAGUUGGAUGAAUUGGAGGAAUUGGAACGAAAGGCAAGAGAAGCGAGGAAGGAAGAAGAAGUUGUUGUUGAAGAGAGCACACAAGGUAUACGACGGAUGUCUCUAGAGCCAGAGCCAGUACCUGAGCACGCUUGA